AUGGAGGCGGCGGAGCUGCGCUGCACGGCGGCCGUGGAGCAGCCGCUGCCGGGGGGACUCGCCCCGCGCCGCCGCGUAUUGCGGAACGCGACCGUGCUGCUGGGCCGCAACGAGCUGCGGCAGCCCGUGCUGCGGGUGGCCGGCGGCAGCGGCGCGACGGCGGCGGUGCUGAGCUUCGUGCUGGCCGGUGACGCCGUGCGGCUCUUCACGCGGUUCGCGGGCGAGGGGCGGGCGGCGGUGCGGGUGGGGCCGGACGGCGCCCAGGUGCUGCUGUCCGACUGCCCCCCGGACGCGCUGCGCCGCUUCCUCCGCCUCCUGCGCCUCAAGGUGGCCGUCGGGUCGCGGGACGCGCCGCGCCGCCCCCGCCUGCUGGAGCGGCCGCCGCCGGCCUUCUCCGUCAUCAGCCCGGUGCAGGAGCGGGACCUGCUGUGCGGCCCCGGCCGCCGCCGCCCCGGCGAAGAGCGGGGGGAGCGCCCGGCGGAGGUGCCCCGUGCGGAGAGGCGGCCCCCGGCGAGGCUCUCGGCGGAGCAGGAGGCGGUGCUGGGCGCCGUGCGGAGCGGGAAGAGCAUCUUCUUCACCGGCUCUGCAGGUGAGGGGUCCCGGCGACUCCUAGGGACUGGGAAGUCGUUCCUGCUGAAGAGGAUCGUGGGCUCCCUCCCUCCGAACAUCACCUACGCCACAGCCAGCACGGGAGUGGCGGCUUGUCACAUCGGUGGCACUACUCUCCACGCCUUUGCAGGCAUCGGCUCUGGGAAGGCACCCCUGGAACAGUGCAUUCAGCUGGCAGAGAGGCCAGGGGUGCGCCAGCAUUGGCUCGCCUGCCGGCACUUAAUUAUUGAUGAGAUCUCAAUGGUGGAUGGCAAGUUCUUCGACAAGCUGGAAGCAGUGGCAAGGGCUGUCAGAAAACGGGAUGAGCCUUUUGGAGGAAUUCAGCUAAUUAUCUGUGGGGAUUUCUUACAGCUACCCCCAGUCUGCAAGGCUAAUGAAGAAACCAAAUUCUGCUUCCAGGCAAAAAGCUGGAGGAAAUGCAUCCACAUAAACAUGGAGCUGACUGAAGUGCGGAGACAGACUGACAAGACCUUUGUCUCACUCCUGAGUGAAAUCCGUUUAGGCAGGUGCACAGAGGAGGUCACCAGACAGCUGAUGCAGACAGCUGCUCACAAGUCUGAGCGUGAUGGGAUCCUGGCUACGAGGCUGUGCACCCAUAAAGAUGAUGUAGAAAUAACCAAUGAGAGACGCUUGCAACACCUUCCAGGAGAAGUGCAUGUGUUUGAGGCUUUGGACAGUGACCCAAUGCUAGUGAAGUUAAUUGAUGCUCAGUGUCCUGUGGGUGGUAGAGUUGAGCUAAAGCUUGGAGCUCAGGUGAUGUUAGCAAAGAAUCUGGAUGUGUCUCAAGGGCUGGUGAAUGGGGCACGAGGUGUUGUUGUAGGGUUUGAAAGUGAACAGAAGGGGUUGCCUAAGGUGAGGUUUCUCUGUGGGGUCACACAGCUCAUAAAAAUGGAGAAAUGGGUCAUCAAAGGACCAUCAGGAGUUCAUCUGAGUCGCCAGCAAUUACCUUUAAAAUUGGCAUGGGCCAUUUCCAUUCACAAGAGUCAGGGCAUGUCUUUGGACUGUGUGGAGAUCUCCCUGUCUCGUGUCUUUGAAAGUGGGCAGGCCUAUGUAGCUCUCUCCCGAGCCCGAAGCCUUGCAGGUCUCCGUGUUCUGGAUUUUGACCCAAAGGCAGUGAGAGCUGAUCCUGCUGUGCUGCAGUUCUACAGACAGCUGAGGCGUCACCAGCUUCUAGCCCAGGAUUCACUACACACCUAUUCAGAUGCUGAUGAGAAGGAGAACUGGAAAUGCAAGUGA